GCUCCACUGCCUCCAGACAGGACAAAGAAAGGAUGUCCACAACUCUGGAGCAGCUGAUUCCCAGGGCACCAAAGACACGCUAAUCAAAUCUGCUACAGAAAGCUACCUAGCGCAGAACAGACAGACAGUCAUAGAGAACUGUGUUACACAGAUUCAAGUCAACCCAGUUGAAGGGGGGCUAGGCAGAGCGGGCUGAGGUCUGUAACUACUGAGGUUUCCAGUAGCAUACUGGAAGAGUGUUGUGGACCACAGCUGCACCUCCCCCCUGGUAUGGAGCGUGGGGAGGGUUCACGACGAUCAGGAGAUGUCACUCCCAGAGAGAGCAGCCCUUUCAUCAACAACACUGACCAAGACCAAGAAAACUACUACGAUGGCAAAAACAUGGCUCUCUUUGAGGAAGAGAUUGAGAGCAACCCCAUGGUGUCCUCCCUCCUCAACAAGCUGGCUAACUACACCAACCUCACCCAGGGGGUCACUGAGCAUGAGGAGUAUGAAAAUGAGGAGGGGGUUACAAAGAUUAGAGUCAAGAGUCCUCAGAUGGGCACAUUCAUUGGCGUGUACCUGCCCUGCAUGCAGAACAUCCUGGGAGUCAUCCUCUUCCUGCGUCUCACCUGGAUCGUUGGCACCGCCGGCAUUUUGGAGUCUUUCGCCAUCGUCGUCAUGUGUUGCACCUGUACCAUGCUGACAGCGAUAUCCAUGAGUGCUAUUGCAACAAAUGGGGUAGUGCCAGCCGGAGGCUCCUACUACAUGAUCUCCAGGUCUUUGGGACCAGAGUUUGGUGGGGCUGUGGGCUUGUGUUUUUACCUGGGAACCACAUUCGCUGGCUCCAUGUACAUCCUGGGUACCAUUGAGAUCCUUCUGACGUACAUCGUGCCGAACGCUGCAGUGUUUGUGGCGGAGAAGAAGGAGGGCGAGGCAGGGGCCAUGCUGAAUAACAUGCGUGUGUACGGGACUUGCUGCCUGGCUCUCAUGGCUCUGGUGGUGUUUGUGGGAGUCAAAUAUGUCAACAAGCUGGCCCUGGUCUUCCUGGCCUGUGUGGUGCUCUCCAUCAUGGCCAUCUACGCCGGAGUCAUCAAGACCGUCAUAGAACCACCAGACUUCCCAAUCUGUCUCCUGGGGAACCGUUCCUUACAGAACCACAACUUUGAGAAGUGUGUGAAGACAGAGGUGAUCAAGAACGUGACGUACACCACUAAGCUGUGGGAGCUGUUCUGUGACAGCCGCCACCUCAACGCCACCUGUGAUGAGUACUUCACCCUGAACAACGUCACUGAGAUCCAGGGCAUCCCAGGCCUGCUCAGUGGGGUCAUCAAAGACAACAUGUGGGGGGACUACGGGCCCAGUGGGAUGCUGGUAGAGAAGAAGAGGCAGUCAUCUGUUCCAGCCCAGGAUAACUCCAGAGAUAUCUACAUGCCUUACGUCUUCAACGACAUCUCCACCUUCUUCACUCUGCUGGUGGGAAUCUACUUCCCCUCCGUCACAGGAAUCAUGGCGGGCUCCAACAGAUCUGGAGACCUCCGAGAUGCCCAGAGGUCUAUUCCUUUCGGCACCAUCCUGGCCAUAGCAACCACUUCUUUCAUUUACAUGACCUGUGUUGUGCUAUUUGGGGCCUGUAUCGAGGGUGUUGUUUUGAGAGACAAAUUUGGGGACUCUGUCAAGAAGAACUUGGUGAUUGGAACUCUGGCAUGGCCUUCUCCAUGGGUGAUCGUGAUUGGCUCCUUCUUCUCCUGCUGUGGGGCAGGGCUGCAGAGUCUUACUGGUGCCCCUCGUCUGCUGCAGGCCAUAGCACGUGACGGGAUUGUCCCCUUUCUGCAGGUGUUUGGUCAUGGUAAAGCCAAUGGGGAACCUACCUGGGCCCUCUUGAUGACCGCUGGGAUCUGUGAGAUUGGAAUCCUUAUUGCAUCACUGGAUGCUGUUGCCCCCAUUCUCUCAAUGUUUUUCCUGAUGUGCUACCUGUUUGUCAACUUGGCCUGUGCCGUCCAGACACUGCUCCGCACUCCCAACUGGAGGCCCAGGUUUAAGUUCUACCAUUGGACGCUGUCAUUCCUGGGGAUGAGCCUGUGUGUCUCCCUCAUGUUCAUCUCCUCCUGGUACUACGCUCUGGUAGCCAUGUCCAUCGCUGGAUGCAUCUAUAAGUACAUUGAGUACAGAGGGGCAGAGAAGGAGUGGGGAGACGGGAUCAGAGGUCUCUCCCUGAACGCUGCCCGCUACGCUCUGAUCCGCCUGGAGGAAGUGCAGCCACACACUAAGAACUGGAGGCCUCAGUUACUGGUGCUACUGAAGCUGGAUUCAGACUUGGGGGUGAAACACCCUCGUCUGCUGUCCUUUACCACCCAGCUGAAGGCAGGGAAGGGUCUGACCAUCGUCAGCUCUGUGUUGGAGGGCACCUACAUGACCCUGGGGGCUGAGGCCAAGAGCGCAGAGCAGAACGUCAAGUCGGCCAUGCACGCAGAACGUACCAAAGGUUUCUGCCACGUGGUGGUGUCCUCAAACCUGAGGGAUGGUUUCUCCCACCUGAUCCAGUCGGCAGGGCUGGGGGGCAUGAAACACAAUGCCGUCCUCAUGGCCUGGCCAGGGGCCUGGAAACAGGCUGAGGACUCCUACCCCUGGAAGAACUUCAUUGAGACGGUGAGAGAGACAACAUCAGCCCAUCAGGCCCUGCUGGUUGCUAAGAACAUUGACAAGUUCCCCAGCUCUGAGGACCGUCUGGGGGAGGGCACCAUUGAUGUGUGGUGGAUCGUCCAUGAUGGAGGCCUUCUCAUGCUGCUGCCUUUCUUACUGCGCCAACACAAGGUGUGGAGGAAGUGUAAGAUGCGUAUCUUCACCGUGGCUCAGAUGGAUGACAACAGUAUUCAGAUGAAGAAGGACCUGCAGAUGUUCCUUUACCACCUCCGUCUCAAUGCUGUAGUGGAGGUGGUGGAGAUGCACGAUAGUGACAUUGCAGCCUUCACCUAUGAGAAGACCCUGGUGAUGGAGCAGCGCUCUCAGAUGCUGAAACAGAUGCAGCUGUCCAGGAACGAGAGGGAGAGAGAGAUUCAGAGCAUCACAGACGAGUCGCGUCUCUCCAUCAAGAGGAAGAAGUCAUCAGUGGUGGAGACACUAAAGGCCCCAAACACACUACAGGUCCCAAGCCUGUCCAUAUCCAGGGACAUGCGUGAGGAUGAGGAGGCUCAGCUGAUCACUAAACUGGGCACAAAGUCGCAUGGCAACCUCAACGACAACGCACCCGCCACGCCCGACCACCGCGUCCACAUGACCUGGACCAAAGACAAGCUGAUCACCGAGAGGAACCGUAACCGCAGCGAACCCAACGUGGGCGUGAAGGACCUGUUUAAUAUGAAACCUGAGUGGGAGAGUCUGAACCAGUCUAACGUGCGGAGGAUGCACACCGCGGUCAAGUUGAAUGAGGUUGUGGUCAACAAGUCCCAAGGUGCUCAGCUGGUGCUGCUGAACAUGCCUGGGCCGCCCAAAACCAAGGGAGGAGAUGAGAAUUACAUGGAGUUCCUGGAGGUUCUUAUGGAUGGGCUGGACCGGGUGCUGCUGGUGCGUGGCGGAGGCAGGGAGGUGAUCACCAUCUAUUCUUAGCGCCAGCAGACACAGGGCGGGCAUGGUGCAGCCUCAGAGCCUCCGGUGUGGCCGGCCAGCCAAGUGGCUGGGCCUCAGCCUCUGCCACAGUGCCAGGAGAGGAGCUGGGCGCCCCCUACAGUAUGGGAGAACAGUAGGGGGCUACCUCCACUCUUAGAGCAGGCUGAGCACACACCGCUGCUGACUGGUGGAGGACAUCAGAGGGCACUCUGGAUCAUCCUCCCUUUUUAUUUCUUGUCAUAUUCCUUUCAGGUUUCCCAUGUCAGUCGUUAUGAAUAGGAGUUGUUUCAGUAGAACAAAGUGCAUGAGUAAUGAUAGUAGGUUAGAUAGAGACGUCCUCUGAUGACAUAGCUCAGGGCACUAAUGCAGUAUGGUCUAGUCCAGUGAUUCCCAAAUUGUGGUGCGAGCGAGGAGUCAGCGGGGGAGGGGGGCGCAGUAAACUAUACUGCAUUAGUGCCCUGAGCUAUGAUCAGAGGAUGUCUCUGUUGACAUAGCCCCCCACUCUGUCCGGCUUUCAACUUACUCUUGAAAGUUGUAAUAGUAGAAUGCCCAAGUCGCAAUUUCAUUGGGUAGUAAUGCAUUGGGUAUUUUUCCUCUUGUCAUUGCAUACCUUAGAGAGCUAUUUAUAACUUGUCAUAAAUGUCCAGAUCAACUAGCUCAUGGCAGCUAAUGGUUUUUAGCUUUUGCCCAUAGAAAUAGACUUGGCACCCGUGCAGGAUGUUCCCCAAUGCCGGAAUGAAACGGUUUGGGAACCCCUGGUCUAGCCUUUAGUUGAUAUGGGAUGUAGCUUGUAAGUUCAGGUGGUAGACAGGUGUUUAAAUGGCAGGUUGGGCAGCCUACUGCAGUUGUGCCCUUGAGCGAGCAAUUUUCCAUGAAUCGCCUCAGUAUCCAGUUGUGUAUAUGAGCCAUUUGUGCAAAACAUAACGAAUUAUGAAAUUAUUAAAUGUCCUCACAAAUUUCACUUAUUGAGAUUUGUUUGAGCACAAUUUUCUAUUAUAGGAAUACAGUAUUUUCAUGUCAAUUUGAUGAAAUACACAAUGGCAUAGGGAGGCCACAAUACAAAUAUGUAGUUUUGUUACACUAAAUUAGAUUGUUAUGUUUUAUUGUACAGUACUAUUUAAGGUAAUUAUUAAGUAACUGUUAUGUAAUUACAUUUUUUUCCCAUAGAAUGUCUGUGUAAAUACCUGAUAAAACAGCUUUAAAAUAAAGCCAUAGCCAGGAGAUAUGGAUAUGCUAUACACAAUAGUUUUGUAUUUGAAACAGUUCUCACCAAAGCAAAGCUCUUGAGAUUUUUGUGGUCCAUUGUGGUGACCAAACUUAAUAUACUGUACAUUAAGAUAAUCACCAGGCUUCAUUUGAUCUAAUCAAAUGACGGGCCUUUAUGGUUUGGAUUCUGUGUCAGAGAUGAGGCAGAAUAGAAGUCAAACUGUACAUUCUGAUCCUCGAAUGUCUAUGGAUGCGUCCCAAAUGGCACCCUAUUCCCUAUUUAGUGCACUACUUUUGACCAGAGCCCUACAGAUGAGGGAUCUUAAUUUGAGCCAGUUUGCUACAGCAUGAAAAUAGUCCUGCAGCAACAGGA